AUGAGCGAAACGGGCAUCAAGACGUCGCAGCGCGUGUCGCGCUCGUGUGUCGAGUGUAGUCGUCGGAAAAUUCGAUGCGACAAGAAGAGCCCCUGCAACCCCUGCGUGCGCCGCAAUGCCGGGAAUUCCUGCCGUCGGCCGAUCGUGCGCGUCAGGGGACAGCUUACCGUCUACGCCGAUUCGGAUGCGGGAAGCGCAGAAGACGUCCAACUCGAGGAUUUGCUGCGCGAACGAGGCGCUUUGCGGGCACAGAUUGCUGAGCUUGAGACUGCCCUUGCAUUGUCGAAGCCGUGUGCACAUAGCCGUACCAGCGAAUCCACUGAUUACUCGGCACCGUCGGCAUCACUCGAAGACUUGGUCCCGGCCUUUGAGCAGUUCGACAUCGGUAUCACGACCAAUGGCCCACGCGAAGGUGGCGAGAAGGAUCUUAUAGAUAGCCUGUAUGAGCCUGCUGCGGAUCCGAUCUAUCUGUUGCUUCCUAGUAAAGACGCUAGCGUACAACUCGUUACCUUCUCUCUACACAGACUUGGCUGGCUGCACUGCGCUGUUGAUGCCGAUGUAUUCUUUGGAGAACACGAAGACUUUUGGCAAAGAACGCAACUGGGAACCGGCAUCGAACGCGAACGAAGACCAUGGCUGGUCGUCUAUCUUGCAGUUCUGGCUGUGGGUAUACUCUAUUCCGAUCCGGAGGAAAUCCCCGACGUCACCCAACUUCCCCAACUUGGCAUGCCCUUGGCCGAUCCCGUCUCUAUCGCAGUUCACACAUCACGCCUCUGGUAUGAGGCGGCGCUAAAGGAGCUGGAAAGAUAUGGAUUUGCAGGUUCACCGUCGCUCCCCGUGGUUCAGGCUCUCUCAGUACUAACCUUGUGUCAUUCUAAUUUCGGAGAACAUCAGCGAGAGUGGCUGAUUACUGGGUUUGCAACCAAUAUGGCACGGUGUCUUGAUAUGCACAAGCUUGGCAACGAAGUCAACAUUUCCAGGGAUCUCUGCCGAAGACCGGAGUGGUCGACCCCUUCUCAGCGAGAGCUAGGGCGUCGGCUAUGGUGGGCUUGUGUCAUUCGGGACUGGCUCGCAAGUUGGUCACGACCCCCUUCGAUCUCGCCCGCCAGUUUUUGCUGUCAUGUCUCGACCAUCAGCAGGCAAGAUGAUUACAUACUGCCUAGAGGUCUCAUGACUGAUAGUCCCGCCUCCUACAAAUUGAACACCUUGGCUCCCCCUUCUCCGGCGCACUACCACUCGAUCAUGUGCCGUGUUUCUUACAUCAUCUAUCUGUACAUCAAAGCGAACACGCAUCAAACGAACUUGAAGUUCAUAAAAGCCAUAGAAGAGGUUGAGACUGUCCGGCGAGAUCUGCCUCUGCACUUAUCGCCAAGUUUUCCGGCCAACGAAGAUGAUAGAAUUUGGGAAUCGCAGCACCCCUGGAUACCUUUCCAGAGGUAUCUGAUUCAUUACGUUCUUGAUUUCAUAACGCUGACGAUAGCGCGUGUGUUAAUCCCGAAAGAUGCAGAGGAUGAUCCAACAAACUCCAGACACCUAGCUCUCCAAUCGGCCAACCGAAUUCUGAAUUAUUACGCGGCACCUGCACCUAGAGUGUACAGACUAGUAUGGGUUGUGUCUGCCUCGACGGUCGCGUCCGCUAUCUAUGUCUCGUUGGACAUGCUUGCAAAUCCCCAUGAUUACCGUGGCGAUGCUAAACUUCGAAUCAUCAACCUUCUAAGAAUGGCAUUCCUGGAGCUGAAGAAGCACUCAGAGGUUGCCAUUCAUGCUGCAAAGGGUUCGGCUGUACUCGAAGGUCUUUUACCUGUACUACAGAGGCACGACACUGAGCUUCCUGGAAUACCGCAUACUAUCCAUGAACUACUUCAGCAACUAUCCAUGGCCGCCCAUAGCUCCAGCAAUGACUUGUCAAAUGCAGCACCUGCAAUGGACGGUUUUGCCCACCAUGGAAACUACGAAAACAUCGAUAUGUUCGAUGGAAUUGGCAACACUCUCCAGGAAACAUUCGGUUUUGAAGACUGGGACGAAGUGUUCGCACAGAUGUGA